AUGCAAAGCAAGAUGUUAGAUAACAAGGAAAAUGAUUUAAACAAUAUGUCGCAGCAUUCAGUCCUCAAUGCUUUUGACUUCACAGCAAUCGAUGAGAUGGAUCCUUCAUUAGCUGAGGGUCAUUCCGUCCUCUAUGAUAGAGAAGCUCCAUUUGAACUGAGAAUUUAAGAUCCGAACAAUGGGCCCUAAGAAGUUGGGACCUUAGAAGCUAUCAGAGUUAAAAUUCUUGUUCUGGGAGAUGAUAAUAAUCACAUUCAAAACGUGAAGAUCGAACUGACCUCAGAAAAUGAUUUAUUUUUCCACUACACUCAUAUAGUUGACGAGGAUAGCUUCAGAUAAAUGCAAGAGAUGCAGAAACUAAUGAUUGAAUUUAAUGAAUACCCAAACAUCCUAAUUAAGAUGGUAAAUAGCUGCAUCAAAGAGCCUCAUAGUUUCCUAGCAGUAUUUAUCAUGAAUAGGGACGGCACAGCUAAAUUAGACUUCAUCCAAAACAUCGAAUACAAAUUCAUAGAGCUUCUUUCAGCUGACUUUAUGGCUUCAUCCGAGGAAAUAGUAAGGCAAUCAAUCACAUUCAGAUAUAACUCAGUAAAAUCUAAGGUAGCACUAAUGGAAGCAAGAUUGAAAGAUGUAAAUAAUUUAGUAAAAGUCAAAAACCCUUCAUUGCUGCUCUAGAUCCAAAAGACUACUCCUCAGCCUUCUCAAUCUAAAAGAUUUAAAUGA